AGAAUCAAGGUAGCAACCGCCGUGAUGGCGGAGAAAUGUGACGUUACAAUUUGCAGAGAUAGUACAGGCUCGCCCCAGACCUUCACGCUGCGUCCUGGUGGCGUUUUGCGAAUCGGCCGUGGUGUGGCCAACGAUGUGGUGCUGGACUUCGAUGGUGUGUCUGUGUACCACGCGGAGAUCCACCUGCCAAAGGAUGGCCCACUCUGUAUCCGUGAUGAAUCCCGGAAUGGCACGGCCGUCCGCCCCGGUCCUCAUGCUGCAGAGAAGGGUGCAACAGCAUGGGAGCCACUGAAGAAGAGUCAAUUGCGGAUUCUUCCUCAUGGAUGGCAAAUUCUCAUGCCUUUAAAUAGCCGGAGAAAUACCAAGCAGCUGGUCGUGUCCGCCCGGCUCCUGAGCAUUUUCAUGGGCACCAAGGUGCCACCAAUGCCUGGGCAGGAGCCUGCGGCCUUUCCUCUUCGGACACACAAGGUCUUCUCAGCUGGCAGGGCUGCAGUGCACCGCAACGUGAAGCCAUUGCCUGCAGUGAAGAUGGAGGAGGCAGAGGAGCCCGAUCUGCAACUGAAACGCAAAAAGAAGAGGGUUGAAGGCUCUGAUGCUGAGCCUUCAAAGCGCAAGAAGAAGAAGAAGGACAAGAGGCGAAAGCACGCGGGUGAAGAGGAUGCAGAUGAAGAGGUUGCCAAGAGGAAGAAGGGCAAGACAAGGGUGAAAGAGCAAGAGUCCGAGGAUCUCGAAGAAACCGAGGCUCAACGGAAAGAGCGAGAAGAGCGGGAGCGUUUGGAAAGGGAGCUUGAAGAUGAGCUGGCUGAGGAGACGCGCAAGGUACACAGACAGGUUCAACCUGAUCCAGCUGAUAGUGCAAACUUUGAUGGAAGUGCAACUUACAGAGACGCAGAAUCAUCCAUGCACCCCGCUACAGAGGUGCCUGAAGAUGAUGAAGAUGAAGCAGAUGAAGCAGAUGAUGCUGAGACCCAGCGAGCCUUGCAAAAGGCCAUGGGUGCCAGUGAGGCUGAAGCGGAGGAAGAGAGCCGCGAGGACCAAGAGAACCGAGAGGACGAGACUUUGGCCGAGCCGGAAAAAGCUGCCGAAGAGGUCGACAAAGAACCUGGAAACGUGGAGGAGUUGCAGAAGGAGCCCGACACAGGGAAGGAGGCAGACGGAGCAGCAGAGCAAGAUGUGGCCGCUGACACUGCAGAUACGGAGCCGGCAGAUGCCCGCCCCAGCGAAGCUGCAGAGGAGUCUGAAAUGGAUGCUGAUGCUCCCAAAGAGGCCGAAGCAGCCGAGGGUGUCACUGAGGAAGCGGCCAAGAGCACCGAAGAGGCACCUGCAAACUCGCAGGCGGCAGAUGACCAGGAGUCAGUCCAGAGUCGCUGUAGUUUGACCACAGGGCCUGGAAAGACAGUGCCUGGAGGUGAUGAGCCCGAAGAGCCUGAUUCUGAGGUGGGCGAGGCACCCAAGGAAGCUCAAGCAGCCCAAGGUGAACUCACGGAAGAAGCCCUUACCAAACACACUGAGGAGCAGGCACCUGCGGACUCACAGCCUGCAGUUGAAGAAGAUGCCAAGUCACUCCCAAGUGUCCGUAGUUUGACCACGGGACCUGGUAAGACUGUACCUGGAGGGGAUCGAGGCGAAUCUAUGGCUCCCUCUCAAGGAGAACGACCUGACUCCUCGGUCGAUGGUGAUGCACCUGCGAAGCCCAAACCUGCAGUGGCGGACGGUGGCAGCCUCACCGCAGCAGCUUUGGCAAAGCAUACGGAAGCACUGGCACGUGCACAAGCUGAAGCGUAUGCUGCAACCUUUGCAAGUGCAAGGACCAACUAUGCAAAGAGCAUUGGAAAGCUGAGCGGUGGAGGCAGGAGUGUGGCCGGAAGAAGCAUUGCAGGCAUGAGCAUUGCUGGUCGCAGCAUCGCCGGACGCUCCAUUGCUGGCAAGAGCAUUGCGGUCACGGCUGCGAGUGUAGCACCAUCAGAACGAACUUUCCGAACCCACAUGACAACACGAGAAAUGCUGGUCGGACCGAGCCAGAUGCGGGAGAUCAUGCGAAGUGUCUCUCCGAUCUCUGAGCCUGGAGUAAAGAUUAAGAGACGGCGCAAGCGGCUAAUUGAUGCGAGCCCGUGCUCAAUUGACAGUGAGGCAGAGAGAAAACGUCGGAAGAAGCUGAAGAAGGAGAGGAAGGCGAAACGAUUAAGUCUGCACCCGCGUCGCUCCCCAGCAGGCUCGCCGUCGCAUUAUGCUGCACCCUCCCCGACACCGUUCCAACCUGGUACGUCGGUGGCACCAUCUGCUGCACCAUCACACUGGACCAUGAAGGAUCCUUCAGUACCACCAGAGCUCGUGAAAAAGCCCAAAAAGGGAAAAGAUGGCAAGACCAAGGAGGCAAAGACUGGAAAGGGGAAAGACGGCAAGAAAAAGGGCAAGAAGAAGCCUGAGGUCGCCCCUAGUGAAUCGGCCGAGCCAGAGCCUAAACCCAAGGCCAGAAAGGCCAAACGAAGCCGCUCUCCGAAAAGGAAGAAGAAUUCCUGAUGCAAAGAAGAGCAUUGCUUAUGCUCUUAAGUGAAAUACUGUGUUGCCAAAGUGCAUGCCAAACCAGUCGGAAUGCCCAAGCGGCGGAUUCCCCUCUGUGUCCCAAAGCCCCGCUGUAACAUAAGGCUCACCGGCCGGCUUCUCUCAGUCGCAAAAGAGCAUCCUCGAAUCAAGAAAAAGCUUGACUUGAAGAAACUUGAAACACGAGCUCAGAUGUUUUUUCUUGGUUCAACAUGUUCAGGAACAUGUUCUGUGUCGAGUGCCGAGCCAGACUUUCAGAAGCAAGCUUCAGAUUGCUUUGCGCCCUGGUUUGGCUCAGGGUUUUGUAGGAAGUGUUGUUUUCGGCACAACUCCGUCUUUCCUCGGCAGUGAUGAAGGCAGUCCUAG